CUACAUUGCUCCCAUUCCUUCACCACACGCAACUCUCUCUCUCUACCUCUCUCUCUCAUGAUUUCGCGCAAUAAGAGUGGAAUCUUAUGUGUAGAACAUGUGAGAGCGAGAAGAGUCAUUUGAGCGAGGGGGAUAUCUCUUGAUUGUCAGCAUCCUCCCAGGCCAUUUCUUCCAGGCCAUUUCUUCCCUCCAUAUAACUUCCUCAGCUCAUGGAGGCCUAAACGCACCCCCUCUCCGCUCUCCUCAAACUGCAAGAGUCUCUCUCUCUCUCUCUCUCUCUCUCUCCACCUCUCUAACUGUCUCUCUCUCUCUCUCUACACACGCACAGAGAGAGGCAAAGGCAGAGCCUCCAAGCAGACCCCUAUAACAUCUCAAGCAAAUUUUCUGGAUCAGUGAGUGGAACGAAGGUUGGCGUCUCUCUCUCCCAAAGGUAGCUGCAGCAUGCACGGAUCCUAAUUGAGAGAAAGAGUGAGAAGCAAAAGGAGGGGUGGAAGCAAGCAACCAACCAGUGAUGCAUGUCUGGUGGAGCCUUGUGGGAUGAGGCCUGCUUGAGCUGGAGUUUGGUGCAUGAUGAGGCUUCAAGGGACAUGAGUUGCAUGGAGGCCCCAUAUGUCUUCCCUAAUGCCCUGAUGCUUUGUGCACUGGGAAAAGGCUAGGUUCACAGCACAACCACAAAACUGACUCGCCAGAUUUCAGGGAUUCCCAGCUCCUAGAAAUCCUGUUCUUUUGUUUGGAUUUUUCUUCUAAGAAAUUAAAACGCUAGCAUUAGCAUCUAUCCUUGAUCAAAAUAAAAUCUAAAUUACCUUAUCUUGGAUUUUUGUUUCCUUAAAAGCUGCCUGUAAUGAGGCUAGCUAGGACUAAUCUUCCACUCACACGUUUGUCACUAAUGUGGCCAGCAUCCUGUCUCUGUAUUGGAUUAUGAGUGUGUGUGUGUUGUGUGGUCUGGCACAGGUCACAUCAGCACUACACCAUCAGCAAAAGGUGAGUCAGCCUAAUCAACCCACGAGACCCUUAAGAUGCCACCGUGUGUAUGCGUGUGACUCUGGUUGUGAAGUCAUGCUUGCAUAAACUUCAAAGAAGUGCAUACAAGAAACAUCUCAAUAAUCUACACUACUUUGAUAUUUGGAAGGCGAAAGGAGGGGGGGGGGGGGAGAGAGAGAGAGAGAGAGAGAGAGAGAGAGAGAGAGAGAGAGAGAGAGAGAGAGAGCUAGGAUGGGAUAUGGGGCUCACCCAAAGCUAGCUAUCAAGAAAGAGCACGGCAGACGAACAUGCACAUACACAGUGAACUGUGGUCCUGAAAGCUCCUCUCCUCCCAGAGUAUAUAUAUAUUGGCAGAAGCUGAUUGGCGCUUUUUCUCCAAAUGAGAAGGGCCACACCUCAGUCACCUCACAUUUUCCAUGAGCAUGAGGACUUCGUUAAGAAGAUCAUCACAAUGAAGUACAUGAAGCUUGGAACAAAACCCGAUACAUUCUACACUGAAGAAGCAGUCAGGUCAGUGGUGUCAGACGUACCCGCGGAUCUCAUCAUCCAUGCCAACAACACAAAGUAUCAGCUACACAAGUUCCCCCUGCUGCUCAAGUGCGGCCUCCUGCAGCGCCUCUGCUCCGACGCCGACGACGGCGACGAGGAGCCGGUGCCCGUGGCGCUGCACGACAUCCCGGGCGGCGAGGAGGCCCUGGAGCUGUGCGCCAAGUUCUGCUACGGCAUCUCCAUCAGCAUCAGCGCGGCGAACCUGGUGCCGGCGAUGCUGGCGGCGCGGUUCCUCCGGAUGACGGAGGCCGUCGCCAAGGGGAACCUGGUGGCCAAGCUGGAGGCCUUCUUCGACUCGUGCGUCCUGCAGGGGUGGAAGGACUCGGUCGCCGCGCUGCAGGCGGCGUGGCGGGUCUCCGGCUGGGGCGAGAGCCGCAUCGUCCAGCCCUGCAUCGACUCCAUCGUCGAGAAGAUCCUCAUGCCGCCGGCCAAGGUCACCUGGUCCUACACCUACACCCGGCCGGGGUACACGAGGAGACCCCACCAGUCGGUCCCCAAGGACUGGUGGACGGAGGACGUCUCGGAGCUGGACGUGGAGGUGUUCCGCUCGGUCAUCUCCACCGUGCGCGCGUCGCGCCAGCUCCCGCCGACGCUCGUCGGCGAGGCGCUGCACGUCUACGCAUGCAAGCACCUCGUCGACCCGCUCCGCGCCGUCGCCAACGGCCAGGCGCAGAGCGCGGCGGCCGAGGAGACGCUGGCCAGGCAGCGCCGCGUGCUGGAGUCCAUCGUCACGAUGAUCCCCGCCGAGCCGGGGUCGGUCACCGGCCGGUUCCUGCUCCGGCUGCUGCGGGUGGCCAACUACGUCAGCGCGUCGUCGUCCACGCGCGCGCAGCUGAUCCGGCAGGCCGGGUCGCAGCUCCACGAGGCGAGGGCCGCGGACCUGCUCAUCCCGCUGCCGUCGGACCCGCAGGCGUACGACGUCGGCGCGGCGGAGGCCGUGCUGGAGCACUUCCUGGCGCAGUUCCAGCGCCCCGCGGCGCCCGACGAGCGACGGCGGAUGAGCGCCGCCAUGGACAAGGUGGCCAGGAUCUUCGACGAGUACCUGCGGACCAUCGCGCUCGACCGCGACUUCCCCGUCGCCAAGUUCGUCGACCUCGUCGAGUGCUUGCCGGACAUCGCCCGCAGUGACCACGACGGCCUCUACUACGCGAUCGACAUCUAUCUCAAGGAGCACCCGGAGCUUGGCAAGGCGGACAAGAAGCGGCUGUGCCGGCUGAUCGACUGCCGGAAGCUGUCGCCGGACGUGCGGGCGCAGGCGAUAUCCAACGACCGGAUGCCGCUGCGCACCAUCGUGCAGCUUCUCUUCGUCGAGCAGGAGAGGACCAUGGGUGCCGCCAGCCAUGGAGCUGCCGUCGCGCCAGACCGGGCCUCGGUCGACGCCAUCUCCCGGCUCGCGGCAAGAACCAACGAGGACGAACCGGCCUCAUCCGCUGACCAAAAGUCAGACGUGCACCGGCCACGCCGUGAUCACACCCGGGUAGCCGACGGAGUGACGGCGGCCAUGACAAGGUCGCUGUCGGAGUCGACCAAGACACCGCCGCUGGCAGGGAGAAAGGAGAGGACGACACAGGAGAGGAGCAGCAGAAUGAGGAACAAGGAGUGAUGAAGCCGGGUGUGCAGUUAUUCUUGAUUUUUUUUAAACAAAAAAUAUUUCCGUGCAUCCCAUUUUUGGUGGGAGAUGUAAUAGGCAUCCAUGUUGAAACUUGAAAGAGAAUGAGGGGGUAGAUUUUGUAAUUAAAAUGGAUGGGGGAUUAAUAAGUGGCUACACUCAUACAAUCUAGGAUAGCUCAACAAUGAAAAAAAAUACUUGUUCAUCAUAUUCUACCUCAA